AAAACAUGACCACUUUCGAAGAGAUUCUGGAAGAGGCCGGCACAUUCGGUCGCAGCCAAAUACGCAUAUUUUGCACUUUCUGUCUGGUCUCCAUACCGUUUUCUUUCGUCUAUGUGGGGAUUGUGUUUCAGGGAUUUACUCCUGAGCAUUGGUGCCGUGACCCAGCUGUCAGUGAGAUUCGGGAAAGAUGCGGAUGGAGUCUUCAGGACGCGCGCAGGGCGACCGUACCCUUGAUAAACGGAUCUUCAGGAGCGUCCUACAGUCAGUGUGGGAGAUUUGACGUGGAUUGGAACGCAACCGGACUGAGCUGCGAAAAUCCAGAUGGGGAUUUUAACCAGUCCCAGCUCUCUGUAAUGCCCAUGAUGAGUUGUGUGGACGGUUGGGAGUAUGACUAUGUAGGGAGGCAGUCGUUUGUCACUGAGUUUGAUCUGGUCUGUGGAGACGCCUGGUAUGUUGACAUGUUCCAGGCCACACUCAGUAUUGGCUUCCUUGUGGGCAGCAUUGCAAUCGGAUAUCUGGCAGACAAAUAUGGGAGGAUGAAGAGUUUCCUGAUGACCAACUUCUUCAUUGGAGUCACAGGGAUUCUGGUGGCCACGUCUCCUAAUUACAUCUCCCUGCUGGUGUUCAGAGCUCUCUUUGGCUUUGGGGUGAAGGGCGGUUGGAUGGUUGGAUAUGUGCUAAUCACAGAGCUGGUUGGUGUUGACCACAGGAGGACGGUUGGUGUGACCUAUCAGUUGUUUUUCAGCAUGGGGAUUCUCCUUCUUCCUCUCCUGGCCUACUUCAUAACAAACUGGCGCUGGUUACAGGUGGUCUUCACAGUACCGUACAUCUGCUUCCUGACUUACUAUUGGUUCAUCCCCGAAUCACCACGAUGGCUCCUUACCCAAAACAAGAUAGCUGAAGCCGUGGAGAUCACCAAAUCAAUAGCCAAAGAAAACAGGAAGACGCUGUCCAAGAAAAUCGAGACACUGAAGGAUGACAACAUAGACUCUGGCUCAACUGCGUCUUUCAUGGACCUGUUCAAGACUGCCAAACUGAGAACAUACACGUUCAUCCUCAGUUUCAACUGGUUCACCAGUGCUGUGGUUUACCAGGGUCUCAUUAUGAGGCUGGGAAUCCUAGGAGGAAAUGUGUAUGUGGAUUUCCUCAUAUCUGGAAUUGUGGAAUUGCCUGCCGCUUUCCUCAUCCUCCUCACUAUUGAGCGGAUCGGCCGACGACUUCCGUUUGCGACUGCGAAUAUUGUGGCUGGAGCGGCUUGCUUGAUCACAGCAUUCAUCCCCGACAGUAUGUUCUGGUUAAAGAGCGCUGUUGCUUGUGUUGGACGGCUGGGUAUCACUAUGGCUUUUGAAAUGGUGGUGUUUGUGAAUACCGAACUAUAUCCUACUGUUAUCAGAAAUCUAGGUGUUUCAGUCUGUUCUACUCUCUGUGAUGUUGGAGGGAUUGUGGCACCGUUCCUGCUCUACAGACUCGCUGUUAUUUGGCUAGAACUUCCUCUUAUCAUUUUUGGUGCUCUUGCUUUUGUGGCUGGCGGACUGGUUCUGCUGUUACCUGAAACCAAAGGUGUGCCUCUUCCAGAAACCAUCGACGACAUUGAACAUCCAAACAGAAACAAAGAAAACCCUCAGCAGAGUCAACAGCUAGAGAAUCUGAUGACUUCUGAUGUGACCAAAAACAAAGACGUUACAGCGGUUUGAGAGCGGAUACAGCAACCCUUCGUAACUUUAUUAUUAUUAUUUGUAUGUGGUGCUGCUUGUUUAUUCUCACAUGAAAAUCAACCUGGCAAGAGAAUAAAUAAAUUGGAUUCUUUUUCAUUGUCAGAUUGUGAAUUUGGUUUAUGUAUUUAAUCAGGGACACGGUGGCUCAGUGGUUAGCACUGUCGAUUCACAGCAAGAAGGUUGCUGGUUUGAGUCCUGGCUGGACCAGAAGGCAUUUCUAUGUGGAGUUUGCAUGUUCUCCCCGUGUUUCUGUGGGUUUCCUCCAAGUGCUUCAGUUUCUCCCACAGUCCAAAGACAUGCGCUACUGGUGAAUUGGCUUAACUAAAUUCACCGUAGUGUUACAAGUGUGUGAAUGUGAGAGUGUAUGGGUGUUUCCCAGAAAUGGUUUGCAGCUGGAAGGGCAUCCUCUCUGUAAAACAUAUGCUGGAAUAGUUGGUGGUUUAUUCCACUGUGGUGACCCUGAUGAAUAAGAAACUAAGCCGAUGGAAAAUUAAUGAAUGAAUGAAUGAAUGAAUAUUUGAUCAGACACAAUCAACAGAUCAAAUGAAUGGAGCGGUAUUUGUCAGCACCUGUUUUUGUUUCCAAACUGAUGAUCUGUUACUGUAUAUUUUUAGAUAUAUAUUAGUUACUGCAGUGGUUCUCAAACUGUGGUACGUCUACCACUAGUGGUACGCAGGCUUCCUUUUAGUGGUACGCGGAGGAAUGAAAUAUGUCAUGCUAAACACAUUUCAAAAUUUAUCAAAAAUGAUGUAGAUAAUAUGACAUAUAGCCUAAACUUCUGAGGUAAUCUGCCACAUUUUUUUACUGUGCAGAGUUGUAGCUGCUUUACUGGGCCUACUACGCUACUGUGUUUCAAUACUGCUUGUUUUUGGUGGUACUUGGAGAGACUAUUUUUUCUGAGGUGGUACUUGAUGAAAAAAGUUUGAGAACCACUGAGUUACUGUAUUUUAAUUUCCCAUUACUUUUAUUAAAAAAAAAAAACUCCCAGUAAAAUAUCUUUGUGUUGUAAAGCACUGGUAAAUAUUCUUAUUCUAUCUCUUAUUAGGGCUUGAAUGUUGUGAACUGUUUGUAUGGUGGAACACAAAUAAAGAGACUUUCUCAAAAGAA